AUGCUCAUCGCUUCGAUUGUGAUUUGGUACCGAGUUGCCUUGCAGUUGAAGAAGUUUAGUUGUGACGUGCGCGAGGAAGAUAAUUUCGAACCUGACCUGAGGUUCUCGAGCCGUGUCACCUUCCAACCUCAUCAUUUCUAUGGUGGACCCCCAACAGAUGAGACAAAUGAGAUGUGGCGAAUGUUAGAGCCUCCUGGUGAUGGAAUUGUCACUAUCCCGAAACAAUACACCAAAGACCUCCAUCCCUCAUUGGAGGACAAGGAAAAUCCAAACAAUCUCAUAUACGGUGUUUCCAUGUUUCAUCAACUUCAUUGUCUAAAUUUCUUGAGAUUGGCAUAUUUCGACGACGCAAUCAAAGAUUUGACACCUGAAGAAAUACCAAUCCACCGCGAUCAUUGUUUGAAUUAUAUCCGGCAGGCCAUCAUGUGCAACGGCGACGCGACAUUUGAAAGUGUCAACCACCAAGGAGUAUUGGAUGGAAUGGGAGCUACUCAUCAGUGCCGAAAUUUUGAACUCAUUUUCUCUUGGGCAUAUGAGCAUAGGCAGACGAAGAACGGCGCGGGAUACAAGCCUGAGGAAAUCUUGACUCACUCACCAGCAAAACAGAAUAAUUAUGAUAUUGAUGAGUAA